AUGCCGAAGAGAGGCAACACCUCGAGCCUACUAGACAAGAUGCGUGCAAGGUUAUCUAGUGGCCAUUUCAGAAUGUUCAAUGAGAAGCUAUACACUUCCAGUGGAGAGUAUGCGUUUGACUACUUCAAAAAUGACCCUAAUCUUUUUUAUGUGUAUCAUACAGGAUAUCAAGGGCAGAUGUCACACUGGCCUGAACAACCAGUGAAUGUAAUAAUCAAUUGGUUGAAGAGUCACAGUGCAUCAUGGACUGUUGCUGAUUUUGGCUGUGGCAAUGCCGCAGUUGCAAAAAAUGUGGAGAACAAGGUUUUCUCCAUUGAUCUUGUUUCAGAUGAUCCUUCAGUGAUUGCUUGUGAUAUGGCUCAUACUCCAUUGGAGCCAUCCUCUAUAGAUGUUGCAAUAUUUUGUCUUUCUUUGAUGGGAAUCAACUAUCCAAGUUACUUAGAGGAAGCAAAUAGGGUUCUCAAGCCAAGUGGUUGGCUUGUUAUUGCUGAAGUGCGAAGUAGGCUAGACCCGAACAACGGAAGUGCUGAUCCUGAAAAGCUUUCUAAAGCCAUUAUCGAGCUUGGCUUUUCGCUUGUUUCAAAGGAUGUGAAAAAUAAAAUGUUCAUUCUGUUCUACUUCAGGAAAAAGGAAAAAAGUAACGGUGGCAAAGAGCAUCGAUUGGCCCCAGUUGAAGCCGUGCUUGUACAAACGGCGAUGAGCCGAUUGUCUCGUAUCCACUAG